CUCACAAGAAGCCCUCUACUAUCAAACGGUCCUUGUGAGCGACUGUCCAGAGGACGUACUUGUAAAAGGCCAGCCCCUAGUGCGAAUAUUUGCCCUGAAGCUCAACAUCGGAGGGGUCGAGUUUAAAAUAACCGAUGCAUGCAAUGCUGUCACGCCUGUAUUGUUGUCGCAGGUCACUGGGCCUCCCUCAUCUUUAAGCGCAAGACGAUAUCUCUGGUAUGGACUUACGACUGUCACUGGCAAGAACGGUCCAUCUGCCACCGACGCCGAACUCACUCGAUUGUUAUUUGGUGCGAUGUCGCCUGGCAAAUGGGAAAAGGUCGGAAUGUUUAAACAUGCUAUUCAGCAAGAACAACUUCGCGUGCUGAGGACAAUGAUCUCGCCUAGGGCAUAUGAAGAGCUCAAAACCGUGGGGGCCAAAACCCGAGCAAGAAUGCGGAUGGGGAUCACCAAAGAUCAGGAUCACACGGGGACCGGCAACGCGCAGGCGGACUUCAGCAACUGCGCCGAAACACUUAUUUUGACUUUGUUUUGUUUCUGCUCAGGACUCAAGUCAGGUAUAGUAUAUGCUGCAGAACAGAUACUCGCCUGGCGGUUCGAAGGCAUAGUUCACGCCC